GACGAAGUAGUAGAAAAAUUUUGAUACUUGUUAGCAUCUCGUAUUUUACAUAAAAUGUGCAUUAGCUUGUGAAUAACGUUUACAUCCAAAUUGUUAAUUGAGGUUCCAUACCAUGGAUGAAGAAGAUAAACCCAUUCUAGUAGGAUAUCUGACGAUCAAAUCUCAAAAUGGGUUCUCCAUUCGUAUCUUCAAAAAGCCAAAAUACUGCCAACUUUUUAAAGCUAGUCGUAAUGGUAUUGAACGACUGGAAAUUAGCGACAGCGAUAGCGACAAGAAUACAAGAAUUGUGACACUGGAAAACUGUGUCAAAAUCGUCCUUGAUCAACCCCCAACAAAUAUUAUCAAUAUUGUCACAAAAACUGGACAGAUACAAUUACAAUCCAUCAAUGAAGCAACUGCAAAACAGUGGAAAAUUGCAUUACAAUCGGUUGCAUUUAAAGAAAAUCAAUCUACAAGUUGUGUCCUAUCUCAGAAUGCUAUUAUCGAAGAAGACAACGAUCUAUAUUGCUCGUCAUACAGUGAAGGAAUUUUCACCGUAACGCUUAUUCCAACGGAUGCAUCUGUGAAAUGUGGGUUAGAACCCAAAAUGUAUACGCUUAUGUUAUCCGGAACGGAAAUUCAACUGAAGUGCUACGAAGACGAAUAUAACAUAAUUGCCAAGUGGCCGUAUAGAUUUAUAAGGAAAUAUGGAUAUCGUGAUGGAAAAUUCACAUUUGAAGCUGGACGGAAAUGUGAUACUGGUGAGGGAACAUUUAAAUUGGACAACGCUAAUCCACAGGAAAUUUUUCGAUGUAUGUCGACAAAAAUGAAAUCGAUGAAGAAGAAUAUCAAUAAUGAUAGCUUCAACAUUAGCGCUAACAGCAUGUCGAAUACAUUUAGUUCAGUCUUUUCAUCAUUAGAACCAGGAUCGAGAAGUCCCUUACCACCGACGCCUCAAGGAUCAUUCAUCGAUGGAAACAGUCAGAAUCCAUUCCGGUCUAUUCUCCUUUCAUCCGAAGUAGGUAAUUCUCCAGGAGUUAAUAAGAAUUGCAUUCCCAAUAAACCUCCACGCAAGAUCGUACCAUCCGUAUUAAGCCAUCAAAUAUCCAACAAAACAACUACAUCAGAUCAACGAAGCCAUUCUACAAAUUCAAACGUAUCAUCAGUAUUCAUAAAAAGUCAUCAUGAUUCUCCUGGAACACCAGAGGUUGUAAAUUGCAAACACCCUGUGCCAUUACCUUAUAACCGUGAUUAUGAAUGUGUGGAAGACAUUACUGAAGCUUGGAAAAAGCUUGGCAUUGACGAUGUAAGUCAUACGGAAAAUAUGCCUACAGAAGACGACGAACUAUCUGGGUUCGUUCGAGAAAGAUCGCAAUCAUCACGAGAACUGAAAUCAAAAUACCGGCAUGAAAGUAGUACAGUUGGAGAGGAUUUAAUUGUCACAAAUACAAUUGACGACAAUUACGAUACUUUAGACUUUUUCCGUACAACUCAUAAGGUAAGUUUAGGUUACACAACUGUUGUGCCAAUAACCAAUAACAAUAAACAGUCGGCGACUCUUAUGCAUCAGAGCUCUAGUUCAUUGGACGAUUAUGAAAUAAUUGGAGAUCCUAAUGCAAGAUUAACAAAUUGUCGCAACUAUGGCAGCACGUUACUCGAAAGUUUCGACAAUAAUGUCAAUCAAAUAACAAUGGUACCUCCGGAUACAUCAGCCUGUAGAAAAGCGGAUGACAGCUAUCUUGGCUACGGAAUGAUACGAAAACCAAGCCUGCAAAGCCAGAACUCGUCUUCAGGUGUUUGUUCCACAUCGACUCACCUUUUCAAACACGAUGAACCGGAUGAAAUUCAUCGGCUGGAUUACGCAACGGUUAGCUCACCUAAAAGAGUUUAGAUAUUACUUUUGUGAAUCUGAAAAAGAAAAACGUUGAUAAUAACAAUUAUUUUCUAU